CUAUGGCAGGCUAUGGAGUAAAAGUUGAUAUUACAUGAUCAAAUUUUAAAACAAUAUCAAAAUACUUUAUUUUUCUUUUAUAUUUUUCUUUAAUGAAUUUAUUUUUUACCGACAAUUAAACAAUAUUAUAGUAAGAUUAAAUAUUGACCAAUAAGUAUAAGCAUAAUUAUAGCUCAGAUUUGGCCAUGGAAAAAAAUAGCUGAUCUAACAAAUGCUAAGAAUUCUGACAUGCUUACUUCUGUCUUAUGUUGCCAGAGAACAAAAUUAGUUAUCUAUAUUCGAUAAAUUAUUAGAAUUUACAUAGAUCUACAAUUUUCUUGGCGAAAAAUCUUAAAAUCUAUCAGAUCUAUAUCUAUAGAGGUUUAGAAUCUACACAAUUCUUAGUCUAAUUACUAACAACAAAAGUCUGCAAUAGAAACUAAAGCAAAGAGUUGACGUUUUCGAUGUCUUGUCUAGGAAUAGGAUCAUCAUUACAUCUUCUACUCAACAACAUUGACAACAACAUUGUUAGGAUUCUAGUGUAAAAAAAAUCACCUAAAUAAAGAACUUUGAAGUGAAAUGGCUGUAAAUAAUAACCAUGGAAAUGGAGUUAUGGAAACAGAUUGCAGAAAAAGUGAAUGGGUUCGAUUGAAUGUUGGAGGAACAACGUUUCUAACUACUAGGACAACUCUUGGUAGAGAUCAGAAGUCAUUUUUGUACAGACUUGUUCAGGAAGCAUCAGAUCUUAAUACAGACAAGGAUACUGAUGGAGCUUUCCUUAUUGACAGAGAUCCUUCCUAUUUUGGACCUGUUUUAAAUUUUCUUCGACAUGGCAAACUUGUGAUGAAUAAAGACUUGGCAGAAGAAGGUGUCUUGGAGGAAGCAGAGUUUUAUAACAUAACAGAUUUAAUCAAGGUUGUGAAGGAUAGAAUCGCAGAACGAGAUGCUAAAUUGAAUCAGACAUUCAUGAAGAAUGUUUACAGGGUAAUGCAGUGUUCAGGUCAAGAGCUGACUCAGAUGGUGUCCACUAUACCUGAUGGGUGGAAGUUUGAGCAGCUACUCAAUAUAGGCUCUCAUUACAACUAUGGCUCUGAAGAUCAUGCAGAGUUCUUAUUUGUUGUCUCCAAAGAGUGCCCUACUGUUUUAAAUGGCACAGAUGAGCCAUCAGAUAGAGCCAAGGUAUUACAGUUAAAAGGCACCAGGAUCUGAUCUACCAAUGGUGAAGGAACUCUCCCUGUAGACCCCACCUUGAAGGCAUUCAUCUUGCAAUGAAGAUUGAAAAGCUCUUUGUCAAUGUCCAAAUGUUCACCUCUUGUGCACCAUUUUCUCAACCUCCCCAUUUCUUUAAAAUGUUUCUUUUUGACAAUAAAUCUGUGUAGCAAUCACUUAUUGAUAUUUUGUCAGUUUCAAAUUAAAUUCUGAAUUGAUAUGGGUAAAACAUUUUUUUUGGCAAUAAAAACAAAACCAACCUAUUAAAAAAAGUUUUAAUUGAUGCAUAGAAUUUUCAAUAUGCUAGAUCUAGUUGUUACUCAGCUAAAACAAUUUUUGUAUAAGAAAGAUUACUAAUACCUAGGUUAAUAGCAUGUUGUAGAUAUUCAUGAUUGGAAAUAUUUUUUUUUUUAUAGCAGUUCACUUUCAUUGUUAGGUGUAAAUUUUUUAUAUUUAAGCUUACGUCUAAAUCUCACCAUGUUAGAGCAAUAUCUAAUACAUUUAUGAAGCUGUCAUUUUAAGAAGAACAGUUUUUUAUCAUCAUGCCAUAGUUUUUGUUUUGUGUACAAUUAACUUUGAGAAAUCAUUGCCUUAAAAAAUAGUAUGGCAUUUCCCAAUCAAGCUAUGACAUGGCCAUAUGUAUUUGUUGAGGAAUACAAAAUAUUCAAGUAAGUUUAUGUGAGAAAUAAUCAAUGAUCAUUAUGAUGGAAGAAAUCAAUUAACAAUUAAUACUAAUUACAAAAUAAUAUUCCAUGAUUCAGUAAAUAAUCAAUAUGGACAUAUUUGUCAAAAUAUUUCUAUUUUAUGAAGGAAGUUGAAAAAAACAAAAUUAUUGGGGAAAGUAUUGCUAUUGAUUUUAGUGAGGACUAAAUCUAUUUCAGUUUUAUAUAUCCUUCUUUAAAAGAAUAUAAAACUUGUUGUUUUUUCUUUAGUUUGAAGACUCAUACUAUUGUGUGAUAGAAGACAGAAACAGAUAGUAUAAUAUAAGCAUUUGUUUGCGUUCCGUCACUCUGAGUUGUGUGAAGUGUGUUCCAUUCCUUUUUAGAUUCUCCACUUAUGUUCUUUCAUUCAUCAAGAAUCUGACCUAAUAAAAGGUAACCAAUGAUAACAAAAAAAGUGGACAUUUGUUUGUUUUUCUAUCCAAUUCCAAACAACUACUUUGAUUCUCAAUGUCAUUUUACAAAUAUAUUUAUUCUAGAUUUCUCUUUUAGAUGUUGUUAUUCUAGAUUUCUCUUUUAGAUGUUGAAAUGAGCACUGUUGGGAUUGGAUACAUCUUGUCCAGAAUGAUACUAUUUGGAUGCAACGAAACACAUUUUUGAGUCUAGGCUUAGAUGGAUAUAUUAUCAUUGUUUCACAAUGUUCAAACAAAAAGCUCUGGUUACCUUUCUACUAAUGUCCACAUACUUCAGUUCCAUUGUUCAUUGGUUCAUAUUUGUCUAUGUUUUCUCAAUACAUCUCCACAGAAUGUUAUUUAUUGCAGUUUUCCUCAUGAACUUUAAAAAAAAAUUAUAUAUAUCUUUAUGUAUAUUUAUAUCCCAUAAUAUAUCUCUAAAGCAUGAUUUUGUGUCAGUGAGAUCAUUUUUAUUUUUGUUCUUGGUCUCUGCCAAAAUCAAAGUUAUCCCACCUUAAAUAGUUGUUUUUUUUUUCCUUUCAAUGUUUUUUUUUUUUCCCCUUGUUUUUAAGUCUGUGCAAUAAAAUUAUAAAAUGUUAUUAGAGUUACACAAAAAUAAUGAUACUAUGUCUUCUUAAUCUGUAUUUCUCCAAUACUAAAGUGUGUAACUGUCUUCUUAAUCUGUAUUUUUCCAAUACUAAAGUGUGUAACCGUCUUCUUAAUCUUUAUUUCUCCAAUACUAAAGUGUGUAACCGUCUUCUUAAUCUGUAUUUCUCCAAUACUAAAGUGUGUAACCGUCUUCUUAAUCUGUAUUUCUCCAAUACUAAAGUGUGUAACCGUCUUCUUAAUCUGUAUUUCUCCAAUACUAAAGUGUGUAACCGUCUUCUUAAUCUGUAUUUCUCCAAUACUAAAGUGUGUAACCGUCUUCUUAAUCUGUAUUUCUCCAAUACUAAAGUGUGUAACCGUCUUCUUAAUCUGUAUUUCUCCAAUACUAAAGUGUGUAACCGUCUUCUUAAUCUGUAUUUCUCCAAUACUAAAGUGUGUAACCGUCUUCUUAAUCUGUAUUUCUCCAAUACUAAAGUGUGUAACCGUCUUCUUAAUCUGUAUUUCUCCAAUACUAAAGUGUGUAACUGUCUUCUUAAUCUGUAUUUCUCCAAUACUAAAGUGUGUAACCGUCUUCUUAAUCUGUAUUUCUCCAAACUAAAGUGUGUAACCGGCUAUUACAUAAAAAAUGUUUCUGUGCCUCAAGGGGUUUAGUGGUGUGAUGUUUUGCUAAGUUUGAUGAAUUGAAUGAUUCUAGUCGGAGAUUUUGUUUUGCUUUAGUUAGUCAUGUCCACGUCUCAUUUUUGUAAUACAAGUUGGCUACUAUUAACUUUCAGUAGGGUAAAGAUGUCAUUUCUGUUGUGUAAAUAUCCUUGUGUUUGUCUUUAGUCUGCAGGUAAUGAAGGUAUCUUGUGUUGACUACUUUCUGUUGAGAUAUUUUUGUAUUAUGCAAUCGAUUAUUACUGACGAUGACAUGAAAGUUAAUAUAUGUUUCUUGGAAGGCAAUAAUUAGCCUGUUUUUGUUUUUUUUUUUUUGCUUUGAUUCAUCCUUCAGGUUGUCUUAUAAGAAAUCAGUGUACAGUACAAUUUUUAAAGCUAUAUUUUUGUACGCAAUUAUUUUUCAUCCUUUUUAUUUUGUUUCCAGAGUUACUUAUAUAUUUCUAUUGAUUGGGUUGUAUAUUUUGUUUUUUCUGUGUCUUGAACUCUAGCAGAUAAAUUUAAUAUGGAUGUAAAUAUGAUUGAAUGAACAGAAAAAAGUGAAUGGUAUGUUCCAAUUCCUCCUCUCUGGUACUCCUCUACUCUGCAUAAAUAUGCAAAACUGCAAGGCCAUCAUAUUAGUUGGUGACACUUGUAUAACAAUUGUUAGAUUUUGUUCAGAUUAGAGAUACUACUUCUGUGCCAUUUUUUAAUUUAAUAAUUUAAAAAUAAUUUAGCACAUAAAUAAACAUUGUACAAUUUUAGUCAUUGCUGAUAAUGAAAAAAAGAAAUUAGAAGUUUAAUGGGCAUAUGGUUCAAAAUAUGUUUUUUUACCCUAAGUCUAACCUCAAAUUAAUAUUAGUGAAUUAUUAUAAAAUAUGAAUAGUAUAUGUGAUGUGAGAUUUUAAAUAAAUUUUAAUAUUGUUAUGCAAAUGAUUUGAACUAUAUUUUUGACUGUUUAUUGUGCACAUUAAAACCCCAUGAUUUUAUUUUCAAAACUUUCAUCAGUCAUAUUACACCUUGCACCAGAUCAACUAAUAUUGGUUGCUCAAAUUCAGAUGCUUUUCCUAAAACGUAUAGUGCUGCCUCACCUAGGCUACUUAGAGCAAUUUAAGGAAUAUUUGUUGUGAGUGGCAAGCAGAGAUCUUUAUGUUGAAUCAAUUAUACAUAGGAAAAUGUAAUUGAAGCUCUAAUAAAUAGGCUGAGCAUUUGGGCAGAAUUUUUUCUUCUUAAA